GUCCGGUGUGGUUCACAAUUUUCUUUCCCUCGCAGUGUUCGCACUUCUUCGUGUGUGUGUCAGUGUGAGUCGAAUUCAGCUUGUGUAAGUGUGGAAAAGGCCGCAACAACAACAGUCACAGAGAGAGAGAGCAGAAAAAUCCGCCGAAAAUUAGCUAUGGAUAAACAGAAUGGAAAAAUGUAUGCAAUUACCGUCAUAAGUUUCAUUGAAAUUCGUAAUAAUUGAGCCACGAAAAUGAACCAAAAGGGCAUUUAGCCUCUAGAGAGAGCGAGCGAGUGAGAGUAGAGUGGGAGUGAGAGAAAUGCGUUAAGUGUUUCAUUUGCAACGUCAUCGUCAUCUGAAGAGAAUCGUCGAAGAAAAGAGAGCGCGCGAGCGCAUUACGCCCUUGUUUACACGCCCAUUUCAUAACUCCACUGAAAGGAAACAUCAUCUAAGCACUUACUAAAUAUGCAAAUCAAACCGCUAUUUGUAUAAUUAAUGCAAAGGAAUCCGAGAUUAAAUCGCAACCGAUAAAAGAGUCUGCGCAAAGAGAGACCGAACACUCAAGAGGGAGGAAAGAUAAAGAGAGAGAGAGAGCAGCGCUGCGUUGGGGCUCCAAAAAUUGUGUGUGGCUCCCAUUUGGAAAAAUUGCGUCUCUCGCGAUACAACGUGCGUCCAAAGCAGCGGAAAGUUUUUAUGUUCGCGGACCGGUAAUUUUAAUUGUGAAUGCAAUUGUGCUUCAAAAACUCCAGUUUCUUUGGAUAUUUGUCAUUGGAAAGACAAUAACAACCAGCGGGACCCAUAAACCCAUUUAAUCUAGUGCGACAAGUUUUAAAUAUCGAUUUUUUUCGGCUAAUGCGCGUCGAUGACCUCGCACACAAUAACAACUAUAAAUACCACUACAAUUGAGAGCUAAAAAAGCACAUCAAAGCUGUAUCCGAGUUUUUAAAGUAAGCCAAAAAAACGCUUUACAUAAUUGGCCCAGUGCCAAAAGAGGCAGCUACAACAAAAACAACAACGAGAACGAGGACAACAACGGCGUUGCAAGGGGGAAAACUCUCGAUUGGAAUUGGAGGCAGAAGAGGCAGAACAAAAAGGCGGAGAAGAGCUCCCGAAAAGAUAAAGAGCGGCAGUCGAAAACCGCAGAGACACAUGCUCAGAUACCGUCUCGUAUCCACUCAUUUCUUGAAGCAGCCGUAGUGUGGUAGCGAGUCAGCCGUACCCGGAGAGUGGGAGCAAGAGCGAGUGUGUGGGUGUAACUGCAAGUGCAAGUGCAUUUAGAGCGAGAAAGGGAGAGAAGAGCGAUCGCAGGAUAUAACACAACAGUGCUAUAAAAGCGCUUCAGGUGCGCUCUGCCUGCUCAGUCACCGUUAGACAGGCGUUCAAAGAGGUCCUCGCUCAUUUCUCUAAGAGACAGAACAGGAUCAAAGAGCAGCCAAGGGAGAGUGGGAAGGACUCGCCGAGAGAGAGAGAAAAUUCGCAUCCGAUCCGGCACUAAAAUCCAGUCACAACGUAUUCGCUAGGAGUGCUACGCCUUUUGGGUCUGAGCUAUAGUCUAGAUAGCGAAAAUGUGCAGAGAUCGCGAUAUGAGUUUGUCGUAGAUCAGCGCAACCGUCGUUACAAGGUCAAGAAAAAAAUCAAGCUCAAGAGCGAGUAAAAAGGAUAGCGGGCAAUAGCCCGAGGGCCCCAAAACGAGAGAAAGAUUGCGCGAGAUUGCGAAAUCCUGGACCACUAACAACCACAAUAACCAGAUUUAGCUACCAUACCAAAGUUAACAAUAUUAGCAAAAGGCCACAGCAAAGUAAUAGUUAAAUUAAGUAUACGCCAUAUCUUCCAAUUCGAGUACGCGUGUGAAUCAACGGCAAUGUGACUAUCCUGCGCUCCACGGGCUCCAUCCAAACGGUUCUAGCCGGUUCCAAAAAGCAAAUUAAGUUUCGGGCCAAGUGAUUUCGUGCACCUUUCGAUCUUCGACUCGAUUCGGUCUUCCCCAACCUUUUCCAACCACCAAAUCAAGCGGAAAACGUCGUGCAACUGGCGAACGUACGGGGAAAAACCAGCAAGAUUGAAGACUUUGGGAGAAAUCUUUGGAAGUCCGUUAAGGCUUGCAUUUGCGGCAUGCGACAUCCCACAACUGGGCUGAACGAAGACGACCUGAGUCGUCUCACUGGUUCAUCAUCGUCGACGGCCUCGUGCGGCAGCGCAGCCUCCUCAUCAUCGUCCUCAUCCUCCUCGUCCUCGAAUCCCGCUGCCCGACAUGAGGUGGUCCGCAGUCCGGAGAAGCCAACGCCGGCGGGCGCGGACAAGAGCCACCUGAACAGUGGCUUCCACUCCACCUAUCUGCCGGAGAUCAUCCACCCGGCCCUGGAAUGGCAGAAGUCGUCGCGCAAGCGCAAGGAGCGCCUGGACAGCAGCUCGGCCUUUGGCCAGGAUCGCAAGCUGCAGCGCAGCAACAGCGAGGAGCUGCUCACGGAACCGGCGGCCCUCGUUUCGCCCACGACCCAGGCGGCCGCCAAUCUUCUGGAGGCCCAGUGUGAGGUCAUCCGACGGGUGUCCUCGGAGGACUUCAAGCGCACGGCCAGCUACGCCAACUACCGCCAGGAGUUCGAGCGGGAGCAGGAGGAGUCCUCGGAGCUGGGGGAGAACAAUGCCUCGUUGGCCAAUCUGCCGGCAGGGGAAGCGGCCAAGGAGCGUCCGCGUCUGGAGACGAGUCCCGCUCGCCAGCCGCCCAAGGAAGCCAGCGAUGACUCCGAGUGCGAGCACGAAAGACGCCGCAGCAGUGAGCGCUUCUGCAAGUCCCGCCAGCCGCCGGUUCGCAAGUCCGGGGUGGCCAAGAAGGGGGGCGGAGGCAGUGGCUCCAAGUACCUGCCGUCGCGGCGGGACGAGCAGAGUGCCUACAAGUACGACCUGUCGGCAUUGAAGUACGAACGCAGAGGUUUCAUCAGCAGCAGGAAACAGCAACAGUCGCAACAGCAGUCCGUGCAAUCUGCUUCCGAUCACAACGACAACAACUUGAUAGACUUCCAUCAGCAGCAGAAGGAGCUGCAGACGAAGAGGAGCGCCAGUAUUUCGCCCACACCCACCACGAGCUCCUCGGCGGGCAGCGAUGACAGCACGCCCACUUCCAAUGCGCCGGCGCCCGUCAAGGCCAAACCCCAGAGGCAGCAGCAGAGCUUGGAUCUGACCUCCGCCCAGGAGUCGCUGCCGUGGGAAAGGGGCGAUGAGCCCGCUCCAAUCCUCAGCCGGAGAUACGCACACUCCCGACCACAUGUGGGCGGCAACCUCGAUGCAGCCGCCCAGCUGGCCAAGGUCAUGCCAUAUCCGCAGCAGCUGCCCAAGCAGGCGGCCACCGUGCAGCUGCACUCGGACAUCAGCGACAUGGACUGCUGCCUGGAGCCCAUGGAUGCAGUGCGCGCAUUCAGCUCGCUGGAGAACAUGCGCACCCGCGAUGUGAUGCAACAGGUGCUGCCGGCCAUGAUGGUGGCCUUCCAAUCGCCCGAGGAGCGGCUGAAGGCCAUCAACCGCCGGGUGACUGUGCUCAAGAAGAAACUGGUGCAGCUGGAGGAGUCGCUGGAGCAGCGACUGGGCUACAGGCCCUCGCAGGCGGAGCGGCUGAACGACAAGUACAUGAAGAACGCCCUGGCGGAGUUGAGCAAGCUGCGCAAGGAACGGCACGAGCUCAAGACUGAUCCCAUCGCAGCUCUGGGCUUGAAGGUCGGAAGCGGCGGCGGCGGCGGAGGAGUCAUUGGGGGCCAGGAGGUGGCCAAGAAGCUGGAGCGCAUGAAGGCCACCCUCGCUGAAAUCGAGCUGAAUCUCAACGAGAAGCGCGUGAAUGGCCAUCGCUCCGAGCAGCUGGAGGAUCUGAGUGCCGACCAACUGGUGCAGGAGAAGAGCGCCGUGCAGCAUGGACUGCUGUACUUCGAGAGCCUCUAUGGCCAUCCCAUCACCAAGGAGGAGCGGGAUGCCGCACGACCGCUCUACGAUCGCUACCGGCAGCUGAAGCGCCUAGUGUCGCGCACCGUGAUGUUUGGAGCGGGCACAGGAGUGCCGGAGUUGCCCACCAUCCUGGAGCACGAGGCGAUGGUGUUCGAGGCCACUUCCACACCGCUGCAGUAUUCGUCGAACAACAGCACCGAGACCACCAACUCGCCCAGCGACUCGAAUGCUCCGAACACGCUGACCCAGAAUGCUUCCUCCGACGAGUCGACGACCACCACCACGUUGACGGGACCGGCGGCUGGAGCGGUUGCCUCCGGCCAGGAGAACCAGGCGGCCAGCGAGAACAUUUCCGCCCUCAGUCUCGACCAGCUCUGGGAGCAGCUGGACAGAGCGCGCGAUGAGAAAUCCCUGCUGAAGGCCACCAUCCGGGAGUACGAGUCUUUGUUUGAGGAGCAGAACGGACGCAAGAUGCUCAAGCAGGAUCGCCGCUCGCUGGAGACGGAGACUUAUGCCCAGUACAAGGAGAAGAAGGCCAAGGUCCGACUUCUGCAGGCUCUGAUCAAGAAGCACAUCGGGCAAUAAGCCAGCAAUUUCCUACUUCCAUUCGACUCCUGUUCACCCACGCAUGCGAAACUUAUUUAUUUCAUACCCAACCAAACAAAUACAGACCUAGAUCUAUACAAAUUAUAUGUAGUUUUUAGACAUACGUUUACCAUAUAUUCUAUAAUGAUACAUUUUAUGAAUAUUGUUGAUUCCUUAUUGUUUUUUGAAAACAUCUAUUGAGUAAUUGUAAUAAAAAGAAAAUGAAACAUUA